ACACUUCCGUCAACAGACUCCGGUUGAUAAGUGGGAUUCUCGGCAGGUACAGAGGACUUUGGCACAUUCAAGUCAAGUCGAGCAGUCAUCCUGGUACUACGAUGACCGAACGGCCAGCCACUGUGGAAAAUAAUGUUGGAAAAUGUAUGUUGCGCAACUGGGAAGAAGAGAGGGCCGUUGCAGCUGUUGACACUGAGGAGUCGAAGACACAAAUCCAGAGACAUGGACACAGAGGGAUUCUCACUAUGGACCAGGAGUCUAAAAUGGAGUCUGUCACUACGCUUAAAGCGGCUUACAUCCCUCCGAAAGGUCCAGGUGUGAGGCUGCGGGGCAUCAGAAGCGAGCUUUUGGAAAAACAUAUCGCCCAGAUGAUAAGUGAGAAGAUUGACGCUGAACGGAGCCCACCGACUCCCAAAACUGACUUCUGCUCCACAACCCAGCGGGAUUACAGCGUCGAGGGAUUUGUGCCUCUUACCCCUGAAAUAACACAAGCUCAUGAUUAUAAAACUGACCAGGCCAUCACAUUUUGGAGUGAAAAUUACCAGCGGAUACAGGGUGUGACCGCCGUACAGACCCCGACCGCACCUUUCAGGAAAUCGGCCCUGUUCAGCACUCCCAUCAGUGAGCGGCUGGAUGAACUCCAGCUCCCAUCUGAUAACUGAGGCAGCAUAUCAGAUCAUCACAUUACAUCACUUCAUUACCAGUUAAUAUUAAAGUCCUAAUCCACUUUAAA